GAAAAUGAUGUUUGGCAUCAGGAAGCGCAUCCAGGACCACCUGGUGGAGCGAAGAAUCCGCCGAACCCGGCUGGUGACCAAACAUGGCCAAUGCAACAUUGAAUUUGGUAACGUGAAAUGCGGCAACCAGUUUGCCUUCCUCGUGGACUUCUGGACGACCUUUAUGGAAUUCCGCUGGCGCUUUGUCCUCUUCUUCUUCACCGUCUCGUUCACCCUGAGUUGGUUCAUCUUCGGACUACUGUGGUUCUGGAUCGCCCGGAGCAACGGGGACCUGACCUGGCAGAACCCCUCAAAAGGCCACAAGUACUGUGUGGAAAACGUUUUCGAUCUCAUUACAGCAUUCCUCUUCUCCCUGGAGACCCAGACCAGCAUCGGGUAUGGUAUACGCGUCAUCACCCCUCACUGUUCUGGUGCUGUAACCCUCAUCAUUACCCAGUUUCUCAUAGGUUCCAUCAUCAACUGUUUCAUGUGUGGAAUCAUCCUGGCCAAGAUCACCAUCCCUAAGAAAAGGGCCAAGACCAUCACAUUCAGUCAGACAGCUGUCAUCUGUCCUAAGAAGGACUUCCUUUGCCUCAUGAUAAGAGUGGCCAACUUACGCAAGACCCUGAUGAUCGGGAGCCAAAUCUAUGGCAAGUUGUUGAGGACAACCAUCAAACCCAAUGGGGAGACAAUCAUCAUGGACCAGGUGAACAUUGAGUUCAUGGUGGACGCUGGGAAGGACAACCUCUUCUUUGUGUGCCCACUCACACUCUACCAUGUGAURGACAAMYCUAGRCCUUUCUUUGAGAUGGCAGUGGACACWCURCAUAKGCAYGAGUUUGAGCUGGUGGUSUUUCUGGACGGCACAGCCGAGACCACCAGCUCAGCCUGCCAGGUCAGGACRUCCUUCAUCCCUCAGGAYAUCAUGUGGGGUUACAYCUUCCUGCCKAUCAUCUCCCGCAYRAAAGAGGGCAAGUACAGAGUGAACUUCUCCAACUUCUCCAAGGUGGUGCCCGUGGCCACUGCACAUUGUUCCUACUGUUUCCACGACAUGAAGGGACACCACCUCCACUCCAUUAACGGAAUCGACAACUGGAAAUUUGAAGCAAAUGAUAACUUAGAACAACCUGAUAUGACCAAGUUGUGAGCUUCUGUGGCCUGAGGAAUAGAAGACAGUUAUAGGUUGUACACGGUUAGAAAAAAAGGAUGCUAAAGGGUUCUUCGGCUGUGCCCAUAGAAUAACUAUUUUUAGUUCAACAUUGCAAAAAUUACAAAUAUGAACA